AUGUCUGAUACAAACACUAACUAUGAAGUUGAGUCGAAUAGAGUAGAUAGGGAUAUAGAGGAAUUGAAUGCAGAGAAAACUUCCAACGCCUCACCGAUGAAGAUCACUACCAGGAAGUGAUCUCUAGCAGAUCAUGGCAAUGUUAUUCAAGUUAAGGAAAUUGUCAGAUCCAUGUCUGAGGAAUCUAAGGGUAAAAUUACAAGAAUGCCUAAGAAUAUGACUAAUCCGAUCCAUUUCUACCAGCAGAACUCAGAUCUUCAACAUUCAGGUCUCUUAGAUGUGUAUGCAACUAAGGAAGAAUUAGCUCAUCUUAGCACUCAAAUAGAGCAGUUGAUCAGUGAAAAGCCUCCUCUAAGCCAGCUAAAAUAUCGCUUAGAGGGGGAUUUUGCGGAUUUUAGAACCGAAUUAGAAGGGAAGCUGAAAAAAUUCAGGAAAGAUAUCAACCAGAAGUUGGAUAAAGCUGUAUCAACAUUUAUGCAUGUUAAGGUUAUAAAGAAUGGUACAAAAAUGCUAGUGCCAGUUAACAAGUACCUUGAUACUGAGAUUGAAAAGAUUAAGAGCCAAUUCGAUAGUCUAGCUAGAAAAAUUAAUAUUCAUCAGGACUCCAAGAUUCUUGAUGCUAUUGAGAAAUUACAAAAACAGAUUGAUGCAAAAGACCUCCAGCUUCAUUCCUCAUUACCACCAAGUUCCCUUUCCAAAUUACAAGACGAUGUCACUGACUCUAACGAAAGAAUCAGUCAAAUCCUUAACGAACGCAAGAUGCUCUACACUUCAAUCCUAAACACAGAUUCACGCAUAAAUGAAGUUAAUGCUUACUUGAAAAUAAUUGAGCAAGACUACCAAAAUAUGAACAAAAAGCUCAACCAGGAGGGAUUUAUGACUAUGCAGAAGUUCUUAUCCCUCAGUGAUCGGGAGACAAGCGAUGUUGAGGAUAUGGCAGUCACACAACCAGCCAUGAGCAAGAGGAUCAUGGCUAGGAAGAUCAAGAACCGGCUCAAGAAAGUUGCCAAAAAUACAUAUAAACCACAAAAGCAGGUUAAUCAGAGUGAGAUCCUGAAAAAGUCUGGCGCUGGCUUAAAUAUUUCAGCUCAAAGAGCAGCUACUCAUCAUAGAGAUAGAGGGAAGAAUAGUAAUAAUAGGAUAGCUCAUACUGGCAGGUUACAUAAUCAGGAGUCAAUUGAGAAGCACAAGCUAAGUUCAACUUCAUUGUUUGGAUUAAAGAAACACACAGAAGGCAAGAAUUUGGAUAAUUUUAAGUUCGACCACUUUCCUCAAAAAUCUCCGAAAGAUAACACAUUUUCCCAGAACAAGGAGGGUUCUUCAGAUAUCUACUGGCUUAGCAGCAAGAAGGCUUCUGAAGUAGUACCAUAUAUGGGAUUUGAAAAGAAUAAGAAGAUUCUUAACCUCAAAAAGAUUACGCCUAGGAACAUCUUACGAGUGAACAAGGGGGAAGAAUCCCUGAUUCACAGUGCUUUAAGAAAAGGCUAG